CUGGGAUAUGAAAAGGUUAAGAGAGGGGAACUGAGGAUGCAAGAUAUUUGCUUGGCAUGUGAAAGCAUAUCAGAGUGCAUCCCAGAUUCCCAUCCCUUCUUCCAUGCUGGACUGUGCAUGGAUUGCAGAGAUGACCUGAGAGAGACCAUCUUUUCCUUUGAUAACUCUGGCAUCCAUGAAGAGGCAUUCCUGACUGAAAAACCACAAAGCUGUGUCAUGCAUCUCCCUGUUCCUCCAGUUCCAGUUGGAAAUAGGCAUGCUCUUCGAGUCCUCUCCCUCUUUGAUGGAAUUGCUACUGGUUUAUUUGUUCUCAACAAGCUGGGCCUUGAUGUGGAGGUGUACUAUGCAUCUGAAGUGGAUGAAGGAGCCAUGGCAGCGGCUCACAUGAACUUUGGGGAUUCCAUUGUGGAUGUUGGAGAUGUGAAAGAUCUAAUUGGCCCUAAGCUGGAAGACUUGGGUCGUAUUGACCUCCUAAUUGGCGGUUCCCCAUGCACAGAGCUCUCCCUGGUAAACCCAGCACGAAAGGGACUCUAUGAUCCAACUGGAACAGGGAUCCUGUUCUUUGAUUUCUAUCGGAUCCUCCAGGAACUGCUGAAGAGACGGAAUUCAGAGGGGCACGUGGAGGAGCAGUUUCUUUUUUGGCUAUUUGAAAAUGUUGCUUGCAUGCCCAAAGAGACUAUAGCCACUAUAUCCCGCUUCCUUGGUGGGGAGCCAGCAAUGCUGGAUGCAAGGAGCUUUUCACCAAUGCGUCGACCACGUCUCUUCUGGGGAAACAUUCCUGGUCUUCACUCUGGUGCUGAUGACAUUGCAGCUGAGCAACAUUCCCUCCAAGAAAAGCUGCUUCCUCACCUCAAGAGGAAGGCAAUUGUGAAGAAGAUCCGAACAGUGACCACAAAUCGAAAUUCCCUGACCCAAGGGAAAAGAGGAGGAGCAGCUGUGGACAUGGAUGGCUCCCCAGAUACCCUCUGGACCACUGAAUUGGAACCGGUCUUUGGGUUUCCCCGCCACUACACAGAUACAGGGAAUCUUUCAAAUCAGCAGCGGCAAAAGCUGCUUGGUCGAGCAUGGAGUGUUCCUGUUGUUGAACACAUUUUUCGCCCUCUUACCAAGUAUUUCAAAUCAAAAGAGGGCUGA